AUGCAGCUGGCGGCGUUGCUGGUGCGGCGGGGAUGCUGCCCCCGGCCCCCCGGCCCCUGGGGCCGAAGUCAGAGCAGCGCAGCCGCCGAGGCCUCGGCGGUGCUCAAGGUGCGGCCCGAGCGGAGCCCGCGCGAGCGCAUCCUCACGCUCGAGUCCAUGAACCCGCAGGUGAAGGCGGUGGAGUACGCGGUGCGGGGGCCCAUCGUGCUCAAGGCCGGCGAGAUCGAGCUGGAGCUGCAGCGGGGUAUCAAAAAACCGUUCACUGAGGUCAUCCGCGCCAACAUCGGGGAUGCCCAGGCCAUGGGCCAGCAGCCAAUCACCUUCAUCCGGCAGGUGAUGGCACUGUGCACCUACCCUAACCUGCUGAACAGCCCCAGCUUCCCAGAGGACGCUAAGAAACGCGCCCGGAGGAUCCUACAGGCUUGUGGCGGGAACAGCCUGGGAUCUUACAGUGCUAGCCAGGGUGUCAACUGCAUCCGCGAAGAUGUGGCUGCCUACAUUACCAGGAGAGAUGGCGGCGUGCCUGCAGAACCUGACAAUAUUUACCUGACCACCGGAGCUAGCGAUGGUAUUUCUACAAUCCUGAAGAUCCUGGUUUCGGGGGGCGGCAAGUCACGGACGGGCGUGAUGAUCCCCAUCCCACAGUACCCACUCUACUCGGCGGUCAUCUCGGAGCUGGGUGCCGUCCAGGUGAACUAUUACCUGGACGAGGACAACUGCUGGGCCCUGAACGUGAACGAACUCCGGCGGGCCGUGCGGGAGGCCAAAGACCACUGUGACCCCAAGGUGCUCUGCAUCAUCAACCCCGGGAACCCCACAGGUCAGGUACAAAGCAGGAAGUGCAUAGAAGAUGUAAUUCACUUUGCUUGGGAAGAGAAGCUCUUUCUCCUGGCUGAUGAGGUGUACCAGGACAACGUGUACUCCCUGGACUGCAGAUUCCACUCCUUCAAGAAGGUGCUUUACGAGAUGGGGCCUGAGUACUCCAACAACGUGGAGCUGGCCUCGUUCCACUCCACCUCCAAGGGCUACAUGGGCGAGUGUGGCUACAGAGGAGGUUACAUGGAGGUGAUCAACCUGCACCCCGAGAUCAAGGGUCAGCUGGUGAAGCUGCUCUCAGUGCGUCUGUGCCCCCCCGUGUCCGGGCAGGCCGCCAUGGACAUUGUCGUGAACCCCCCAGUGCAAGGAGAGGAGUCCUUCGAGCAGUUCAGCAAGGAGAAGGAGUCCGUCCUGGGUAAUCUGGCCACAAAAGCGAAGCUGACUGAAGACCUGUUUAACCAGGUUCCGGGAAUCCACUGCAACCCCUUGCAGGGAGCUAUGUAUGCCUUCCCCCGGAUCUUCAUCCCGGCCAAAGCCGUGGAGGCAGCUCAGGCCCACAAAAUGGCACCAGACAUGUUCUACUGUAUGAAGCUGCUUGAGGAGACUGGCAUCUGCGUCGUGCCUGGCAGCGGCUUCGGGCAGAGAGAAGGCACUUUCCAUUUCAGAAUGACCAUUCUGCCUCCAGUGGAGAAGCUGAAGACAGUUUUAGAGAAGGUGAAGGACUUUCACAUAAAGUUCUUGGAGAAAUACGCCUGAGGAAUACUCAGGGCCCCAGAAGGAGGCCUCACUCGCAGCCUGCCUUCUGUGGCCACCUUGGCGAGACUGAGCCUGCCUCCCCCAGCGACUCUGCCUCGGGCCUCACCGAGGUCACAGGCUGCUUGUCGUCCUUUUGCCCUAGGAGACUUCUUUCUUUGUGCCUUGUGGUUGGGACCCUUCUCUUCUGAGCAAAUGUGAACUAACUUGCCUGGUCUUGGCGGCCCUAUUUUCUGACACCAAAGUGGAGGGAGACUCCCUCAGCAGCUGUGGUCGGGGUUCUCAGAGCCUGUUGCUUUCAGGAAGUCCAUUUAGGGUUUCAGCAACCAGGGUGUGUUGGGCAAGGUGUUUACAAUCUGGAAAAACCAGUGGAUGUAACGUAUGACUUAACCACAGUGAGGACUGGAAACCAAAACUCACCAGCGUCAUCUGGGAAAUAAAACCCUCAGCAGUGUCAAAUCUA